CAGUUUGCGCCCGGAUGGAGCGGGAACGGUUGCUUCGGAAAGUGACGGCGCUGCAGGCCUGCGUCCGGGGCUUCUUGGUCCGACGCCAUUUCCAGAGUCUUCGAGCUGAAUAUGAGGCUAUUGUACGAGAGAUCGAGGGUGAACUGGGCACGCUUCAGUGGACUGAGGGCUGGAUUCCCAGGCCCCGAUUUCUCCCAAAGAAGGCAAAAUCCCAUCAGACCUGGAAAGCCGGAGAGAGGGUACCAGAUCCAGAGCAGGAACUAGGGAGACACUUCCCAUGUAAAGAGCCUGAGAAAGAGGCCAUCUGGGAGGAGAUGAUACUGAAGAAGUCACGAGAGAGCUCGGCAAACUCAGGCAGUCUUCCCUGCAGAGAUGAUAGCCUGUGGCUUCAGGAUGGGCAGAGCAGGAGGACCAGGAAACCAGAGGAGACCAGAGACAUGUCAUGGAUGGAGAACCCAGAAGCCGCAGGUCCAGGCCUGCCCCACAGCCAGACUGAGCUGCAGGAGCUCCAGUACCACCGCAGCCACUUGGCCAUGGAGCUGCUGUGGCUACAGCAGGCCAUCAAUAGCCGUAAGGAGACUCUGCACCCUGAAGGGGCUCCCAGUGUUGGCAAGGGAGGCUCUGGUGAGCGGCCAGUACUAUGUGGCCGUCGGAGACGACGAGUUCAAGGCCCUCCCCUAUCUGGAGCUGCUGGUGCCUCACCCCUCACUGCCCAGGGCCUGCUGGCAUCCCCCAGACCCCAAGUCCAGGCCCCACAAGCAGGAGCUCCCACCAGGGGCGUUCAAACCUGGACCGGAGUGGAGAAGGUAAGGACAUCCUGCACCCACGGCCCAAGCAGUGUUCUCUCUGCAGGCCCAUGGCCACAGGGCACAGGCACCCCAGUCCUCUCCAGAAGAAGCCAGGGAAAUUGAGCCAUCUGCUUUCUAUGCCAGACCCCAGCAAGCUAUUCGGCCAAGAAGCAUGCUCCCCACUCUCUCAUUUCCAUCAGGUGAGGGGACCCCAGAAUCCAAGUGGGGUCCAAGGCCUCCUCUGCCAAUCUCUAACACUGACAUAGGAUGGUCCCUGCUAUGGUGAGGGAGUUCCAUGGCAGCAGAAUGCCCAGGUUCAGAUCUGGUCCUGACUUCAGCACAACUGUCUCCUACUCCCCGGUGUGCAAGCCAGUCCCUGGCCUCUUCACAGGGACCUGGCUUAUGAAAAGAAGCACACGGAAGCUCAAAGCCGUGACAUUUCGGGGGUGGGAUUUGGAAGGGAUGGCGAUGCGGCCAAAGUGCAGCCUCUGAACUAAUCUGCCAUCGUCCGAGGUCAUGAGCGAGGCUCGGGGGCUGGUAGAGAAGGCCCAGGGAAAGAAUGCUGAGGGCUCCGCAUCCUGGGCAUCAGCCUGUCGUCUCCCACAUCAGGAGUCAAGGGAGUGUAUGGGGCUCCCCAUCCAAGGAAGGAGACAGCAGGGGCCCAGGAAGUAGCAGAUGAUGAAGACACCAGGACAGAGGAGCCCUUGGAUCAGGUGGGCUGGGGCUGGAAGCCGUAUGUUGGGACAGGAGUUCUGAGCUGGAAACCGGCAGCCCUGGGUCCCAGAAACAGUUCUUCUCCCUUGUGACUGUGAGCAAAUCUCCUAACCUCUCAGAGCCCGACUUCCUACCUUGUUAAAUGUGAAGGGAGAUCCUAAUUUCUGGUCUCUUCCUUUCCUGGGGUCGGGAAACCCCAGGCUAAGGGCUGGAGGCUGGACAUGGGGUGCUGAUGGCUCUGUUCUAUGUGGCCUUCUGCCUCCUCCAGAGGGCCGCACAGAUAGUGGAAGAGGCCCUGUUCCUGGAAAACCAGCCCGGGGCUGGGGCAGCUAUCUCAGCCUCGGGCCCCUGCUCUGCCAUCUGGAGAGCCAGCAGCUCCAGCCAGCUACGGGGGACGGCCGCUCUGCAGCCACCGUUUAGCCCCAGCCUCCAGCAGCCUGUUCUCGAGGCACCAGCGCCUCCCCUGGGCUCACAGGGUACGCUGCAGCCCCCUCACUCCCACUCUUCUGCUCCUAAACCCACAGCCCAGUCUUCCUUUCUUCUCUGAGCAGAGCAGCUGCAGCCACAGAGACCAUUGCCUUAUGAGGUUCUCUGGCCAGAGAAAGGAGUAGCCAACU